AUGAGCGCACAAGGCGUACGCGUUGUCCGCAGCCAGGGUGUGUGCGGCUGUCCCCUCAGCAUUGCCCAGCGGUGCAGGUGCACAUGCCGAGAAAGGGGUGGCACCACUGCCGUCCGCAGAACUGGCCGCAACAUUCCAGGCGCCCCCUCCUCCCUUUCGUCGCACUGCCUGCUGCCGCCGCAGUUGGCCCCGCGGCACCGACCUCCCGGCCUCCCUCCCCCCGCAGGCAAAUCGGCCGCCCGCCCGGUGGCAACCUCCGGGCCCUUUUCUCUCCCGGCGAACCCUCUUCCUCCCCAGCGGCUGCUCCACCGGGUCUUUGCAACUCACAAGCGAUCAUGCCGUCAGGCGCGCCGGAGAGUCGCACAAGAGGCGGAGGCGCCGCUGCCGCUCCUUUUCGCCGCCCCCAACCACACGCACAGCACCCCCGCCGUCGCUGCCCGCGUUGCACUUCACCGUGAACGCGCGAGUGGCCUCGACCGGGGCGGCAGCGCAGUUCGGCUGGGGUUCGUGCGCCUUGCGCAGGUGCAGGCCGCCCCACCGAAACUGCGCCCACUCACAGCGGCAUCCAUCUCUUUCUCCCGGCCCUCUGCGCACUUCCUCCGACCCCCACCGGCGGUGAGGCGCCGACGCAACUUCUUGCCACCGCCCGGGCACGAGAACAGCGCGGGCGCCUGA